GGCGGGGCUCGUCAAGGUAGGGAUCCAGCUCCAGCCUCUCGGUUGGGAAAUUCUUUAUUUUCUGUUUACAGGUUCGAAUUAACGAAAACCGGUUCAAUUUUAAUUGAAAAACAUCUUCAAUCAAAGAAGCAAAUUCCUUCCAUUGCCGAAUUUCCCUAUGAGACAGCUUUCAUCUUUGGCUUCUAGGGUUGCACCUCAAAUUCAAAAUCUCGCAGCAAAAAUUCAGUUCCCGCAAAAACCCAGAAAUCCGUCGCCCACAAAACUGAAAUCCACCCAAAAUCGCGUAGUUUCUGCAGCGGAAUUCAGCGCUUCGGGCUCUGCUUCAUUUUCAGCUCCCAAAUCUCACAUUUCUGAUCGUGACCAAAGAUUAAACUCUAGGGUUGUUGAUCACGGCUACUUGGCUGAAAUUCUGUCCAGAAAAGACUGGUUUUUGCUGCUAAAUCAUGAGUUUGAUGCUACCAGGGGUAAUUUGAGUGCACCGAUAGUGGUUAGUGUGUUGCAGAAUCAAGAAAAUGUUGUAUGCGCGUUGCGAUUUUACGUUUGGGUUACUAAUUUUAGUGCUUCUCUUGCUAAGAAUCAAAUGAUUCGGUGUGCUUUAGGCAAUGCCCUUUAUAGGAAAGGUCCGGUCUUGCUAUCUGCUGAUUUGAUACAUGACAUUCGAAACUCGGGUUGUCGAGUGAGUGAGGAGUUGCUUUGCGUGUUAAUUGGUAGUUGGGGAAGAUUGGGGUUGGCAAAGUACUGCUCUGAGGUUUUUGAGCAGGUUUCUUAUCUGGGGAUUAGUCCCAACACGAGGUUGUAUAAUGCUGUCAUAGAUGGCCUGGUGAAGUCCAAUUCGCUCGAUUUGGCUUACCUUAAGUUUCAGCAAAUGGAGGUGGAUAGCUGUGUCCCGGAUAGAUAUACGUAUAACAUCCUCAUUCAUGGGGUUUGUAAGGCGGGUGUGAUGGGGGAGGCCCUUCGGCUGGUGAAACAGAUGGAGAUUUUGGGAUAUUCGCCUAAUGUGUUCACGUACACCAUCUUGAUGGAUGGAUAUAUCAAGGCUAGAAGUAUAGAUGAGGCGUUUAGGCUUCUUGAGACGAUGAAGGCUAGGAAAGUUAGCCCAAAUGAAGCAACAUAUCGAUCACUGAUCAAUGGUGUUUUUACAUCUGUCUCCCCGGUUGAAGCUUUUAGGUUGUUGUCAAGAUGGGUGGAUAGUGAGCUCGAUCUGCCUAAAGUGGUUUUUGAUAGUGUAAUAUAUCACCUUUGUGAUAAUUCUUUAGCAAAGCAGGCAGCUGAGUUUUUUAGGAAAGCUGAUGCACGGGGUUAUGUUCCCGACAGUUCAACAGCUAACAUAGCAAUGAUUUGUUUAAUCAAAGGAUUGGAUAUUGAGGAAACGUGCCAGAUAUUCGAGCAUUUCAUCAAGAGAAGAGUGGAGGUUGAUUUAUGCACUUGUUUAACACUUGUGGAAGCAUUGUACAAAUCAAUAAAAGAAAACAAGGGCAAUGAAUAUAUAAGAUGGAUAUUCGAGGAAGGACUUGUCAGCAGCGUGUUCUCAUAUAAUAUGGUAAUUGACUGCUUUUGCAAAGCUGAAAUGAUGAAUAGAGCAACAGAAACUUUAGGGAUGAUGAGGAAAGAAGGUGUCUUCCCUAAUGUUGUUACUUUUAACACCCUUAUUGCAGGGCAUUGCAAGUCGAGGGAUGUACUCAAGGCGCGAGAAAUGCUGAUGAUGCUUUUUGAUCAUGGUUUUAAGCCAGACGUGUUCACCUUCAGUUCGAUAAUUGAUGGCCUUUGCCAGGUUAAUCGAACUGUUGAUGCUUUUGAUUGUUUCUUAGAGAUGCUGGAGUGGGGAGUCGCUCCCAAUGCUGUCACGUAUAAUAGUCUAAUUCGUUCGUUGUGCUUAUCCGGGAAUGUUUCUAAAGCAAUGAGAUUACUGAGAAAGAUGCAGAGUGAUGGAAUACACCCUGAUAUUUAUACAUUUAAUGCUCUAAUCCAGAAGUAUUGUAGGGACCGUGAGAUUGAUAAGGCCCAAAGGCUUCUGAAAAGCAUGCUAACGCUGGGCUUGCGCCCUGACAAUUUUACAUACGUUGCAUUUAUCAAUGCAUUGUGUGAGUGCGCGAGAUUUCAUGAGGCGAAGGUUCUGUUAACUUCAAUGGAGAUGAAUGGAUGUAUGCCUGAUGCUUAUACGUGCAACUCAUUUAUUGAUGCCUUUGUCAAGUCAGGGAGGUCUGAAGAAGCCAUAGACAUAUGGUUGAACUAUAAAGAGAAGGGACUGACUCUGAAACCUGUUCCUUCCGUAUCUGACGCAUUGGUUGGCUGAUUGUUUUAUCAAAGAGAUGAACAAAUUUCCGUUGCUCUGUCAAGUGCUGGACAUUUAUGUCUGUCGGGAAACUCUUGCACUCGAUUGAUGAAAACAGAAUUCUUGAAGGAUUCUGCUUGAAGCUCCAACUCGCUUCUAGGUUGCAUAUGUUGCUGUUGGCUUGUCAUGUCAUGUUUCGACACUUCAUGGUUCUACCAAAAAUCUGUGAAUACUACUGGUUUUGCCUUUGCUAAAUAGGGUAUGAACGUCGAGUGUAUAGAAGUUGGAGUGUCACUCAUAUUAGAUCAUUACUUGUACCACAAGUUUUUGUGUGCAGGUUUGAUUUCUUGCCCUUAAACAAAAAAGUAUGUCAAAGUUGGUGUGAUCUGCCCAACCAUCCUCCUUUUAAGGUAUGACCAUAAUUUGCAGCAGAUUACCUAUACUUCACUCUUUUACUUGAUUUAUUUUCUAUGUUUCUGCUUAUGAUAAUUAAUUACUUAUAUCUAGUCGGAUACGAACAUGUGUUUUUGGGUAGUUGUGGCAACUAGAAAAUGAAACAGUUUGUGUGAUUCAUAGCUAUAUAUAGUGCUUCAUGACUCUUCCCUUGAGUGUUUUGAAGCACGUCGUUUUUGAGAUGGGAUUCUCAGCAUCCCCUCGUCGUUGCCUUCUCGUUCCACUUGUGGUUUACGUCGUUGUUUGCAGUUGCAAACUUGGUAUAAGUGUGUAAGCUUAGUGGAGGUGGUUGAAGGUAAAUGCUGAGUUUUAUAUUUAUUUUGUAACAGGAAGGGCGUAUGAUUAUCCGGAGCUAGGCGCUGCAGGUGUAGUCGCGGAGCAGUAUUUGCCGAAAGCAGAAGGCGAAGGGGAGACGGAUCACUUCUUUCCUCAAACCGGAAUCAUAGGCAUUUCUCCUUCUCGUAUCUUCGACAAAGCCCUCGGAUGCCUCAAGGCUAACUAUGUGAGUCAUCUACCUCCAAAAUCAACCUCUAUAUCUAUAUUACUAGUAUAUUAAAUACUCAAAUUUUAAUUUCAAUUUUUGCAAUAAUAAUUAAUAAAGACAAUUUUUAUAUCUAAAAAUUAUGAAGCUUUUCAAUAAUUUGUUUCAUUCAAUUCUAAGUUUCUAACAAAUUUUUCACGUUUUAGAUUUUUUUUUUGUAUUUUUUCCCCUUGUUUUUUCUUCUCAUUUUUCUCCUAAAGAUUUUGCCAUUUGGUUACUAAUAAAAUAUUAAAAAUAAUAAAUUUAAAAGAGCUUUAAUUUGAUAUAUAUUAUAUAAAAGAUAAAUUUAAAAUAUAAAAGUUAAAAUUCCAUAGUAAAUUAAUUUUCUCUCCAGUCUCACCUCUCUUUCUCCUAUUCUAUAUAAGUUUCAAGGUACAAUAUUAACUUUUGAAGAUUAUUGCUAGAAAUAUACACAAACACUGCCUUAUUAUUUCCACCUAUAUAAUAUAAAAGAAUAGUUUUAACGUGAAAUUUUUGACGUCAUAUUUUCUCUCUCCCUUUAUUUUCUCAAUUUUCUCCAACAAUUUUUCUCUUUCUUCUCCUUUUUUUUUGUUUUUUCCUAUUUUCAUUAUUUUCUAAAAAUCAUUAACUUUGAUUCCUGAAAAAUAUUCAAUAUGGAUGUUAAAUUAAAGAUUACCAGAAGAUCUUUAAUUCAAUUUAAAAAUUAUAAAAAAAUGAAUUUGAAACGAAUAAAUUAUGAUCGUUUAAAGUAUCAAAAUUAUUUUUUUUUUCUCUCUCUCAUCUUUUUAUAAUGUUGAACAUCAUACUAUUUUUUUAUAUUGUUUUUGUUUAUUGGUGUAAAAAUGAGUAGAUAUCAUUUUUUUUUCUUUCAAAAAAGUUUACAUAAUUAUUUAAUUAUAAUUAUUUUAAAUUUAUUUAUUUUUAAGUUAUAAUAGUUUUUAAUGCAAUUAAGGGGAAGGUAAUUUGUAUUAAUUUUAAAUAUGAAUUUGUCAAUAGAAAAAUAGUUAUAUAUCUAAAAGUUAGAAUUUAAAAUAUAAAUUUAUUUAAAUUUUUAGUUAUGUUAUGUGUACGAAUUAUUUAUUUAUUUAUAUAAACAUAUUUGUUGUUGUAUUUUCCUUUUUAUAUUAUUUGUAUUUUUUCUGAUUUUUUUUAAAUUAAUUUUGAACUAUUUAAAUAUAAAUUUUUAAUAAUACUAUAGUUUAGACUUUUAAAAGACCAAAAUUAUUAUAUUAAAUUACGCAUAUUAAUAUUGUUACGUUAAUGGUUUAAUAUUAUUUGCUUUAUAAUAUAUAAAUUAUUAUUAUUAUUAUUAUUAAAUUUAAUAUUAUAUAAGUUGAUAAAAUUGUUAGUAUACACUAUAUUAAAUUCAAUACUAAUAUUUUAACUAUCACAAAUUACUUUUUAUUACCAAUUAAUCUAACUCAUAAAUGAUGACAUUUUGAUAUUUAUAUAUAAUUUUUUUUUAAAUAAUAUAUUGUGGCCCGUGUGUCGCACGAAAUUGCGUACUACUAACGCAUGGAAUCUCGACUUUGUUAAUAAUUUAUGUAUUUUAUUUUUAUCAAUUCGAUGAAAGAGGAUCAACCGAAAUAUUGUACUUAUAAUAAGUUUGCAAUAAUUAUUCAUCCCAAUGUAUUGAGAGAACUACAUUACAUCAUAGAUAAUGCUUGAAUAUAUCAUUUAUUAGAUAGCUA